AUGUCUACUACUACAACAACAACAUUAAAUUCAAAUCCAACUUCAAAUUUAUCAUUAUUUAAAAAAUCUUCAAAAUCUUCAUUAUCCAAAACAUUAACUAAUAAUAUUAAUAAUACAACUUCAACAACAAACUCUACAACAAAAUAUCCUUGGAAAUUAGAAUAUGAUAAUACUUUAAACCAAUUUUAUUAUAUUAAUACAGAAGAUAAUACUAUAUCAUUUGAUUUACCUUGUGAAGUUAAUCAUAAACCUAUUACUCAAACAAAUUCAAAUUUUUUUACAUCAUUAAAAAGAAAAUUUACAAAUAAUAAUUCAGAAUCAAAUAACAAAUGUCAACAUUUUCAAAAACAAUUUAAUAAAUUAAAAAAAUCAAAUACUUUUAAUAAAUCAAAUGAUAAUGAUUCUUUAAAAUCAUCAUCACCUAUAAUUUCAAAACAAUCAACAAUAGAUGAUACAAUAAAUCAUUUAGAUGAUGAUUAUAUUUUAACAAAUAAUAAAUAUAAUAAUUUCAAGAACUUUGCAGGUACUACUUCAACAACACCAAUAAAACCAGAUCAAGAAAGUAUGAUCAGUAUAGAUUCAUAUAAUUCAAAAGAAAGUCAAUUACAAUCAGAUUAUUAUUAUGAUGAUAAUGAAGAAGAAGAAUUAGAAUCAGAAGAAGAAGAGCCAAUUGAAUUUAAUUAUAAAUAUUUUAAUAAUUAUUAUAAUUAUUAUAAUCAAGAACAACAACCAAAAGAAGAUUCUAUGAAAAUGAUAAGUAAUUAUUAUAUUUAUGAUGAUUCUUCAAAAGAUGAUAAAUAUGAUAUUGAAAUUGAAAGAGAAGAAUUAAGAUUACAAAUGUUUAAAGAUUUAUAUUAA